CAUAUGAUGUAAACACAGGUUUAGAAUCCAGAAAAUGUGGUAAAUUCUGACAAUUUCUGCUCGCACGUUCUCAAUAUUUUCUAAAUUUGUGAGUAUCUCCAAUAACCAGCAUACUUGUGGUGCUUUACGCUCACUGCUUUCAUUGCCUCGUAGCCAUAUCAAGGCUACGUCACCCGGCCCAAAAUAACUCUAUUGUCUGAGCAUGUUUUGUUUGAUGAUGAGGGUUGCACAACUCCCCGCAAUGAAUGACAGAUAUAUAAAUCGUCCUGCGGAGAACCCGGGGAAAGCGAGAAACGCGACCGCUGGUGGAGGUGGCAGCGGCAAAGAGAAACCUCUACAGCCGGACUGUGGCAUCGACAGACGAAAGAAAGGCAUCACCUAGUACCGUCAUCAUGGUGAACAAGAAGGGAAAACAUGGCCGCCACACCGGCAACACCCUCCGCAUGGGCUGUGUGGCGCGCAAGAAGAACAAGAAUUACCGUGCAGAAUUCGGCAUCUAUGUGCGCCUGUCUGGACCUGCUACCCUUAUAAGAGAGGAGGGCCAGGAUAUGCUUGAUGACUUUUCUGAUUUUGCAGACGACGGGGGAAUCUCUCAAGGCGCUCUGUCUACUUUCCAUGGAAGGAGGAGGCAAUGGCAGAGGGGUCCCAAUGAAGUUUUCUACUCGAUGAACAAGCGCAAGAGAUGGGAGCUCCCCACCUGUCUGAAAGAGAGCGUGUCGGAUUUGGAGAGGCAUGCAGAGUCUGACUACAGAGUCCAGGUGGUGGAGCGAGAGCUGGUGACUGCAGUAUCAGGCGUGGGAAGGAGCAGAGCUGACGUUGUAUCUGUCACUGACAGCAAGAGGGCGAUCCCACAGAAGAAGAGCAAGCGUCAACAUGCCUAUGCGACUGAUCUGAUCAGAAACGCAAAGCCCAAAAAGCAGGAAAAGAGGAGGAGAAUGAGAGCACCUCUAGAGGAGGAAGAGGAAGAGCAUGACCCUAUAGACGACCUUCCCAUCCUGAAAUACGAGUUCUGCUACCCCAGAAAUGCCGAUGUCUACCCUUGGUACAGCGAAAAGCAGUGUAACCAAUAUCACUGCUCAGGCAAACAAGAGACUCCCCGUACAAAGACUUUGAAGAAAACCAAGCAUCAGCGAGACAAGAAGUCUGGUUACUGGCAUGGCGGCUACAGCAGGGCAGAGUUUCACAAGGUUGGUACGUUCUUCGAAGGUACAGAUGACUCUGAAGACGAUCGAGCAGAAAGCGAAACCGAGCAGUUGUAUGAAGCACGGCCAGAGCUGCCUACGACUGGAGAAGUGUUGGCUGAUUUGCUUGAUACAACAGGCACUGCUAAGAGGAAGCAUCAGCGUGUGGACAGUGUCUUUGGGAAAGGAUGCUGUGUUCCCAACAUUGCUUCCUCUUCUGCUGGAUCCAUUCACCCAAAAGGAAGUGCAAUCGUAUGUUCCCCGACAACUUCUGACACAGAAGACAGUGACACUGCUGAAGAGAAUGAUGCCACGACAGAUUUUCAUCACAAAGAUGAUACAGUAGAGGUUCUCGAAGUUUAUGAAGAGAAGCCAACAGUUCAAGUGUUCCUAACCACAGAAAGUCUGAAGCCAGAUGAACUUGAAGCCUUGACCGAGGUGGGAUACCAGGAGAGCCAGUGUGUUCCCAGGGUAUUUAGGCUGGACUUGUACGAUCUUGUCAGGAGUCAAGUGAGAGAGGGAGGAAACAUGAACACAUCAAGUGCUCAACUACUGUUCGAAGUUGGGGAAGAAAUCAGCAUUGUGGAUGAAAAUGGACAGACUCAAGAAUGCUGCAAUACCAGACUCAGUCUUGUAACUGGUGAAGAAGACAGUGUAGACUGUGACAGUUGGGGGGAAUCAUGGGAAGGCAGAGUCGCCAUGACUGUUGCGGAUGUCGUCAGCCAAACCGCAAGCUUCCUGUCUGGCCAGCUGAGCAACAGGUCAAAUCAGAAGGUAAAGGAAGCACACAAGAAGCGGAAUAGCCACUCACUUAAAGUCAUCUCCAAAAUCUGCAAAGUCCAGACCAGAUCAAUGCUACCCUCUGAGGCAGUAGUGUCCAGCAAGAAGCAGAAAGAAAAGGAGCAGGAAGACACCUCCCAGAAUGCAAAGCACCCAACCACCUGUGGGAUCUGCUGGUCUGACAUCGAUGCUGGAGAUAUCCCAUCAGCCUUUGCUCUACAGGGCUGCCUACACUGGUUCUGCAGGGAAUGCUGGGAGAACCAUGUGGCAACCAAAGUGAGGCAAGGGUCGACAGACAUCACUUGCCCUGAGUGCGAGUGUUCGGAGGUCGUGGAUGACACCACCCUGAUGUUACUGUUGCCCGGGAGACUGUACCAUCAGUACCAGAGAAGGGUCCGUAACGUGGCGGUGGAUUCUGACAACAGUCUUCAUUGGUGCAGGGAUUCCAAGUGUGGAAGAGUGGUCUCUGUCACAUUCACUGGUGAGGUUGCUGACCCUGUACCGGUGAGAUGUGAGUGUGGGUCCAUGUGGUGCACCUCGUGUGGGGCGGAGCCACACUGGCCUGCUACCUGUCAGCAGGCACAGGAACACCUGCAGGAGAUACAACACAGAAACCCCUUGAGUCUUGAGGAAGCGACAUACACAGCAAUGACCAAGAAGUGCCCAUCUUGUCUCCAUCCUAUGGAAAAGAACGGAGGCUGUCCUCACAUGAGCUGCAUCUGUGGCACCAGUUUCUGUUGGAAAUGUGGACAGGAGUACCAGUCUCACUACAAAAAUGGAACUUUCUCCUGCCCUAAGAAGCCAUACGCACUAGAGGAAAUAGAGAUCGACAGCCGGCAAGUCAAGAACAUGUCAGUCUACCAGCAGAAAUGGUACAAGGCUUCCCUGGAGCAUAGGAGGGCCCGAAGGCCGACAAGGAUGACACAGGCGUACAAACAAGCCCACAGACUGGCUAGAAAAAUGGUACUCUGCACAGAUGUCCAGCUCUUCUAUAGACUGAUGGAAGGGAAGGACAGACACACCUCAGACAACCUCCUGUUAUCAUACAUGGACCUGACAGAGGGUGCUGCUGACAUGGUCUUGCAGAUGCACCUGGCAGGGGAGUAUACAGCAGUCCUGGUGAGCAGCACCUCCAGAAGAGUCACGAGGAACGUCAUUCUGAACCUGUGGAGAAAAAUCACCUUCAUUCAGGAUUCCAUCAGUAGGAUUUUGGAGGAAGAGAAGCCCUGUCCUUCUGCUGUUCAGGAGAACCUGGAGCACCUGAUGCGUGCUGGGAAGGGUUGCUUGCAGAACCUUCACAGAGUAGCAGUGAAGAAGAAUUUACCUAUAACACUGUAACUUGGUGGCUACAACUGUUUCAAGAAAUCAGAGAUUUCAGACAUCUGAGAAGUGAUAUCUGUGUAUUGAAAGGACCAAAAGUAUAUGUAGAUGAAUAAAACUAUGUUAAAGUACAUGAUUUUGUGCAAUAUGAGGUUUUCAAUGUCAGACUAUUGUUCAGUCCAUAGCAGGCUAUUUAUCUUUAUACCAUCCCUUAAUAUUUGUAAGGGCAAAUACAUUCUCACCAUCAUUUACAGCAACUGACAGAAUAUGGGAUGGUAGGGAAAUUCCUGCAUGAGACCUCAAUGUAGCUAAAAUAUUACAAUUCUGAUCAUAAGAACCAAACAGACAGCAAUGUGUGGAAACCAGUCUUUUAUUGUUUUACUUGAAGCAAAGACAUAGGAUACGUCAAUGAAGGUUAGACAUCCAGGCAAUACGAUACUCCAA